GUUUGUACACUGCAGCUAACUAGCUAAUAGCUGUCAUUCUUUGACUUUUGUAGCUGCCGCUAUUGAUUUUUUCAAGAUGAACACGGUUUUGUCGAGGGCCAACUCUUUGUUUGCCUUCUCUCUGAGUGUCAUGGCAGCUUUAACUUUCGGCUGCUUCAUCACGACAGCUUUUAAAGACAGAAGAGUUCCUGUGGACAUCCGCGUUUCCAAAGUCAUGUUGAAGAACGUUGAUGAUUUCACAGGACCUCGAGAGCGCAGUGAUCUAGGGUUCGUCACCUUUGACCUCUCAGCUGAUUUGCAGCCAAUCUUUGACUGGAACGUCAAACAGCUGUUUCUCUAUCUCUCUGCUGAGUACAGCACAAAGAAUAAUCCUCUGAACCAGGUGGUGCUGUGGGAUAAGAUUGUUCGACGAGGUGAAAGCAUGACCCUGCACCUUAAGGACAUGAAGUCCAAAUACUUCUUCUUUGAUGAUGGGAACGGACUCAGGGCCAACAAGAACAUCACUUUAACGCUGUCAUGGAAUGUGGUUCCCAACGCAGGAAUACUCCCUCUAGUGGUCGGAACAGGACACAUCAGCCUUCCUUUCCCAGACACAUACGAGAGCGCCAAAAGUUACUAGACCCAAGCAAAAGUCCCAACACACACAC